AUGGACAGACCUCGCCGUUAUUUUGCAAUGCAUUUCCUUUUACUGCGUUUCCUAGGAUUAGGAUACUGGCACCACCCUGACGAGAGGGAUACCAGGAAUUUCCCUGGAUUAUACCUUUAUUAUGCCAUACUCACAGAACUGGUUUGGGUCGCGGGUUUCGUCGGUCUGGAGACAGUUGACCCUUUCGUUGGAGAGAAAGAUCUCGACCGCUUCAUGUUCAGCCUUUCAUUUGUCAUCACUCAUAAUUUAACGCUCAUAAAGCUCUAUAUAUUUUUCUUUAAGAACAAGGAGAUACAGGAAAUCGUGCACAUUUUGGAAAUCGACUUGCAAAUGUUCUAUCAGAACAACAAAAGAAAUAGACGAACAGUUAAAGUUACGCGAAUAUUGACUGGUGCAUUUUUGUUCUUUGGAUGGAUAACAAUUGGAAAUAGUAAUGUUUACGGGAUCAUACAGGAUAUAAGGUGGAAAGCCGAUUUUCCACUGUAUAACGACACUGAAAGACCGCCGAGGACUUUGCCUCAACCAAUUUACAUACCAUGGGCUUAUCAGACGGAUAAAUCUUACAUUUCUACAUUUUUAUUAGAAUCCAUAGGUCUGUUAUGGACGGGACAUAUCGUAAUGACGAUAGACACAUUCAUUGGAUCAGUUAUACUUCACAUGAGUAAUCAGUUCGCGAUAUUGCAAGAAGCACUGGUAACAGUUUAUGACCGCACUAGAAUGAAAUUAGCUAAAGGUGCAGGUAAUACGGCUGCAGAUUUGGACUUAAGAAUGAAUAAGGAAGAAGAUUUUGAAAAGGCAUUAAAUAUAGCUCUAAUGGAUUGUAUACGACAGCAUCAGUUGUUGAUUUCAUGUGUAGAGAAAUUUGCGAAGACGUAUUCCUAUGGCUUUAUGACGCAGCUUCUAUCCAGUAUGGCGGCGAUUUGCGUUGUAAUGGUUCAAGUUUCGCAAGAUGCAUCUAGCUUCAAAUCCAUACGUCUUGUUACAUCUUUAGCUUUCUUUGCGGCUAUGAUUAUACAGUUGGCUAUUCAGUGCUUCACAGCAAAUGAACUGACAUAUCAAGCUAGUCUAGUAUCAGAGUCUGUAAUGCAAUGCAAAUGGGAGCGAAUGCCACCGCGCCUUCGCCCCCUAUUAAUCAUGAUUAUGAUGAGAACGCAGAGGCCUCUACGUUUGACUGCAGCUGGAUUUGCUAAUAUGGACAAUAAUUGCUUUCUAGCAAUAAUGAAAGCUGCCUAUUCAUACUACGCUGUAUUAAGUCAAAAACAAUGA